AUGGAUAACACUGAAUCAGGAAUUAGUAUUGAAACCAAUCCUGUCCAGGUUUUUUCUGAGGCUCAUACCCAAUUUGGGGAUAAUAACUGGCGUAACAAUAGACAAAGGUCAUCUAACUUAUUGGAUAAUAACAGUAUAGUCAAAGACUCCCUAAUAGAUCCUAUAGUAUUAUUCAGAGAUCUAGAAAAACUUUUAAUGAAAGAUGCAAAGGAGUGGCAGGAUCUAAUACUCCUAGAUAACUACAUCCUCCAUGAUAUCAUUCCUAGGGGACUUAGGAUUUUCAAAUUUCCAGCUUUCAAUCUAGAUGAAGUUGAAUUCCAACUUGAGUGGGAACAGAUCUUGCACACAUGCUCUAAGGCACUCAUCAAAUUACUUAUCAAAUAUAGAGAAUAUAAAUUAAAAUCUUUAAAAUUAGAGAUUGAUACCCUAGUGACAAAGAUACAACCCUUUGAACACAUCCAGAAAUGGAAGGAGCUUAAUAAAAACAUCCAACAAAGGACAAUGGGUUAUCAGAACCAGACUACAAUCACUGAAUUCAUACUCAUUGGAUUUAAGAACCUUCACAAACUCAGAUCUUUUCUAUUCAUUUUCUUUCUUAUAAUUUACAUUAUAAUAUUAACCGGGAAUCUAUUUAUUAUUAUUUUGGUACCAAGUACUGGCCAUCUUCAUUCUCCUAUGUACUUCUUCCUGAGCAGCCUUUCAAUAUCUGAUGUUCUGGUAACUUCAAACAUUGUACCCAACAUGCUCAAAUUACUAUGGACUGAAGAAGGCACCAUUUCUAUAUCUAACUGCAUAUUACAGUUCUAUGUUUUUGGUUCUCUUACAGCCGUUGAAUGUUUACUUCUUACAGUUAUGUCUUAUGACCGUUAUCUGGCCAUAUGUUUCCCCUUACAAUAUUCAACUAUCAUGAAUCAUCAGCUGUGUCGUUUCUUAAAUAUUUCUACCUGGCUAAUUGGAUUCGCACCAACUCUACCUGUUUCUAUUUGUUUAUCCAGAAUGCAAUUCUGUGACUUAAAUGUUAUUGAUCAUUUCUUUUGUGAUCUCGCUCCUUUCUUAGAACUUGCCUGCUCUGACACAUCAACUGUUAAGAUGUUAUCCUUAAUGCUAUCAUUCCUAGUUACUUUCUUCCCAUUUCUAUUUAUUAUUAUGUCAUAUUCUUAUAUCAUUAGAACAAUACUUGGGAUACGUACAGUAAAAGGAAGGAAGAAGGCAUUUUCCACCUGUAGCUCUCAUCUUGCUAUUGUGUCUAUAUAUUAUGGAUCACUCAUUAUUCUAUAUGUAAUACCUCGAAAGAAACAUUCAUCAGAUCUCAAUAAGUUUGUUUCUCUCCUAUACACCAUUGUUACUCCUUUACUUAAUCCUGUUAUAUAUUCCCUAAAAAACAAAGAAAUCAGUAGAGCAGCUCAGAAACUUUUCAAAGGACACAAUAAGAUGAAAUGA